AUGGCUUCCAUACCUCUCACCACCGCCACCACUUCAACCACCCUCCCAUCCCUCCGCCUCCGUUCUUCUCCGCCACUUCGCCGACUCCAAUUCAACAACACUUUCAAACCUCUCAAAUCAGUUCAUCACUCUUCCAUUUCCUCCUUCUCACCCCUCCCACUCUCUAACCUCAUCUCGAAACGCCACAGUCUCACUGUUAAGGCUUCAUCAGCUUCCGUCACACCGGCUCCAUCUCCAGCUCCGCCUCAGCCAUGGCAAGGUGCCGCGAUAAAACCUCUCUUAGCAUCUAUAGCAACCGGAGUUAUACUCUGGUUCGUUCCCACUCCCGAAGGUGUAUCCCGAAACGCGUGGCAAUUACUCGCCAUUUUCUUAGGAACUAUCGUCGGGAUCAUCACACAGCCGUUACCUCUCGGUGCUGUUGCCAUUUUGGGAUUAGGAGUUUCGGUUCUCACCAAAACCCUACCCUUUGCUGCUGCAUUCUCAGGUUUCGGUGAUCCAAUCCCAUGGCUGAUUUGUCUUGCAUUCUUCUUCGCUAAGGGUUUUAUCAAAACCGGACUAGCUUUAUUGGCACCGGCGAUUCCUUCGGUUUCGGCUAGGGCGGGUGGAAUUUUUCUUCCAUUGGUUAAGUCUCUCUGUGUUGCUUGUGGGAGUAACGUUGGUGAUGGGACGGAGAACAAGCUUGGGUCGUGGUUGAUGCUUACUUGUUUUCAGACUUCUUGUAUUUCGUCGGCCAUGUUUUUGACUGCAAUGGCGGCGAAUCCGCUGUGUGCUACUCUUACUUUGAAUUCUAUUAACCAGACAAUUGGGUGGUUGGAUUGGGCUAAAGCUGCUAUUGUGCCUGGUUUGGUGUCGUUGGUUUUGGUGCCGUUGAUUUUGUAUAUUAUAUACCCUCCUACCAUGAAAUCUAGUCCGGAUGCACCCAAGCUGGCUAGGGAAAGGUUGGCGAAAAUGGGGCCAAUGUCUGCCAAUGAGAAAAUCAUGACUGCUACUCUAUUUCUUACGGUGGGACUUUGGGUUUUUGGAGGGCUUCUUAAUAUAGAUGCUGUAACUGCUGCCAUUCUUGGAUUAGCUGUACUCCUCAUAACAGGGGUUGUAACAUGGAAAGAGUGCUUAGCUGAGGGUGUUGCCUGGGAUACUCUCACGUGGUUUGCUGCCCUCAUUGCAAUGGCCGGGUAUUUGAACAAAUAUGGUCUUAUCUCUUGGUUCAGUCAAACCGUAGUCAAGUUUGUUGGUGGAUUGGGUCUUUCAUGGCAACUUUCUUUUGGUAUACUGGUUCUCCUAUACUUCUACUCCCAUUACUUCUUUGCCAGUGGAGCUGCUCAUAUUGGUGCCAUGUUUACUGCAUUUUUGUCUGUUGCUACUGCUCUGGGGACUCCACCAUUCUUCGGAGCCAUGGUGCUGUCUUUCCUCUCCAACCUUAUGGGCGGCCUUACUCAUUAUGGGAUUGGGUCAGCUCCAGUGUUUUUCGGUGCCAACUAUGUCCCACUUGCCAAAUGGUGGGGUUACGGCUUUGUUAUUAGUAUUGUUAACAUUAUAAUCUGGCUUGGACUCGGUUCUAUUUGGUGGAAAGCCAUUGGCUUGUGGUAA